AUGAGGAACCAGAAGAGCCGUGUCCAGGAGUGCAAGGUCGAGCACGUCGACCUCAUCCCGGGCAUGCCGGACGACGUCGCCGUCGACUGCCUGGCGCGCGUCCCGCACGCCUCCUUCCGCUCGAUGCGGGGCGUCUGCCGCGGCUGGAACACCGCCGCCGCCGCGCCGGACUUCGCGCUGGCGCGCGCCGAGGCCGGCGCCAACGAGGACCUGGUCUACCUGCUGCAGUUCGGGAACCCGGCGGCCGCGGACGCGGAUGGGGCCGCGCCGGAGAACGCCCAGGCGUACGGCGUGUCGGUGUACAACGUCACCACCGGCGAGUGGCGCCGGGAGGGCGCCGCGCCGCCCGUGCCGAUGUUCGCGCAGUGCGCGGCCGUGGGGAGCCGCCUCGCCGUGCUGGGCGGGUGGGACCCCGAGACCUUCGAGCCCGUGGCGGACGUGCACGUGCUCGACGCCUCCACCGGCGUGUGGCGCCGCGGCGCGCCCAUGCGGUCGGCGCGGUCCUUCUUCGCCUGCGCCGAGGCCGGCGGCAAGAUCUACGUCGCGGGAGGCCACGACAAGCUCAAGAACGCGCUGAAGACGGCGGAGGCGUACGACGCGGGCGCCGACGCCUGGGACCCGCUCCCGGACAUGUCCGAGGAGCGCGACGAGUGCGACGGCAUGGCCACCGUCGCCGGCGACCGGUUCCUGGCUGUGAGCGGGUACCGCACGGGCCGCCAGGGCGGGUUCGAGCGCGACGCCGAGUGGUUCGACCCGGCGUCCCGCGAGUGGCGCCGGCUGGAGCGCGUGCGCGCGCCGCCGUCGGCGGCGCACGUGGUGGUGCGCGGCCGGGUGUGGUGCAUCGAGGGCACGGCCGUGAUGGAGUACCGCGGGGAGCGGCGCAGCUGGCGCGAGGUCGGGCCGUCCCCGCCGGGGCUCAAGGCCGGCACUGCGCGCGCGGUCGCCGUCGGCGGCGGCGAGCGCGUGGUGGUGACCGGCGCCAUCGAGUCCGAGGGCGGAGGCACCGGGCACGCGCUGUGGGUGUUCGACGUCAAGUCCAAGAGCUGGACCGUGGUGCGCCCACCGCCGCAGUUCGCUGGCUUCGUCUUCUCCAUUGGAUCCGUGCGCGUGUGA